AUGGCGGAGCGCAAUACUUCCAGCGACAAGGAAGCUCCGCGUGCUCCGAACACAGCCUUCCCACGAGAAAAGCUACCCAAAGACCUACAGAAGAUCGUCGACAGGCAAGAUGACUGGAUGGACAAUAUCUACGAGGGUGCGGCGCCCGACACGACCGACACAAAUAUGCGGUACGCCGCGUACGCCAACCGUUUGCGAACCAUCAUGCUCAGUGCUCAUCGCUACGUCGCAUACACGUCCGACAUAGGCGAGUCAUUCCGCCCCGUCGCACAUCCGUGGCUCGUCCGAGGUGCGUACGGUGUGUCAUGGGCAUAUGUCCUGGGCGAUGUCGCCAAUGAAGGAUGGCGGGCAUACAAGAGGAAUCAAAAGUUGUUAUAUCCAGACGGUGACGAGUAUCGGGACGCGACCCAGACUCCACCUGAGGCACAAGCACUCGCAAAGCAGCCGGUACAUAUCCCUGCCAUCGAGGACUAUCGGAGUGUCAUGGCACAACGAGCCGUCUUCCAGAGUCUUGCAUCUAUGGGUCUUCCAGCCUUCACAAUCCAUAGUGUUGUCAAGUACUCCGGCAAAGCCUUGAAGAACGCAAAGAAUCCAACAAUACGGACGUGGGGUCCCAUCGGGCUUGGCCUUGCAUGCGUUCCUGCGCUUCCUUACUUGUUCGACAAACCUGUUGAGGAGGCCGUAGAGUGGACCUUUUACCAAGCAUUCCGGGCCAUUGGUGGAGAGAAGGCGGUAGGAGAUAGACAUUCUGUCGGCCGGCAAGAUGCUCGCAAGGCCGAAGCUAAACUUUUGAAGGAGAAGAAAGAAUUGUAA